UUCCCUUUCCACACCUGUAUAUAUACGCAAGCCGCGGCGCCUCCGCCUCCCACCGCAACCGGACUUGUUCUUGUUCAUUCACGAGGCGCAGAGAGAUUCUUCGAUCCCACUCCAAUCCCAUUGCGGAGCAAGAGGAGAUUCGAUCGGUUGUUGCUUCGCCUCGUGUUCGGUUGGAGAUUUGAUUGUCUCUUCUGCUGCAAUGGCUGCCGCUGCUCCGUCUCUGGCGCCGGCCCCGUCCCCUGCCCCGGCGGCGAAGGUCGCAUCGCCCAAGGCCGGCGACAGGAAGGUGGUGCCGGUGACGGCGGCCGACGUGGUGGAACUGGCGGAGAAGCACGUGCUGGCGGUCGACGACAGCUCCGUCGACCGGGCCGUCAUCGCCAAGAUCCUCCGCAGCUCCAAAUACAGAGUGACCACUGUUGAAUCGGCGACGAGGGCGCUGGAGCUGCUCGCGCUCGGCUUGCUGCCCGACGUGAACAUGAUCAUCACGGACUACUGGAUGCCCGGGAUGACCGGGUACGAGCUCCUCAAGCACGUCAAGGAGUCGUCCAAGCUCAAGGAGAUCCCGGUGGUGAUCAUGUCGUCGGAGAACGUGCCCAACCGGAUCACCCGGUGCCUGGAGGAGGGCGCCGAGGACUUCCUCCUCAAGCCCGUCCGCCCCUCCGACGUGUCCCGGCUCUGCAGCCGGAUCAGAUAAUCGCCCGGCAUCUGCAGGGACUGAUUACUCUUAGGGAAGAAACCAUUUUUUGUUUUUCUUUUCCCCAUUUUUUGGACAUAGAUCCGCCGCCGCCGCUGCCUCAAACAAGAAGCUAACAUUUGGGGCCAAGGAAGAUUAGUUAGGUUAGGAAUGGGGGAACGAGCAGAGCAUAUGCUUGCUUGCUCCCUCGUGUGAUCCGAUCGCUGCUGCAAAAGAUGCCCAGCAAAAAUGGAACAGAGUUCCUCUGAAUAUGUUGUUCAGAGACCAAGCUGUUGAAAAAAAUUUUGUCAUCAGGGCAAACCUGUUAACCUUUCCAAGAUCAGAGAGCUUUUGACAGACCACUUCCAGGAUUAGCAGUUACUAAUUCUGUUCACAACCCAUUUGUUAA